UGGGAUGGCCACUGUGCAGGCUCGAGACCCCUGUCUCCGUCCUUGCUGCAGCCCUUUGCAGCUCAAGGUAGGUGUUGAACUAGAAACGAUUUCCUGGUUCUGGGCAUCGGCCACGCGGAGCAGACUUUCCGUGCAGUCCCAGGCACUGCCUUCACUGGGGCAGGGACAGCAUUGCAGCAUAAUGGACAGACAGACACCGGCAUGGCAGAAGACGGACCGAGUAGUCCUGGCCACGGGACACCUCUGACCCAACACUGGAAUGUCGGAGCUUCUUUCCACCACCCUUUCUUCCCUCUGAUUUUCUGGGAUUCUCGCUGUGCUACUCACUUUGGUCUCCUUGGUUGGACGCCUUUCCCAGCUGAAGUUUGCUGUUCCCUGCAAGUAACAGCUUGCUGCCUUCCAGAAGUUCCUUCGGAAACGGAGGCGCAGAAUGAUGGGAAAGGAAUGUGGGGAAACCAGAUUGCCCGAUUUUAGGUGGAAUUUUCAAUGCGAAGGACUCUCCAUCUCUGGCCUGUGGGAGAAGUGUCUGGUCCCCAGGUUAGAAGACCUUGUAUCUGAUCACCGAGAAACAGUCACCUUAAAGGAAGGCUAUUUUCUUAGGGUCUCCUACAGUGUCCUCCUCCUCCGUCUGAUCAGAUCUGCCCCUUACCCAGCAGACACUGCCAGAGUCACAAUGCUCUCCUCCAGCGACUUUGCAGCUGCAUCCUGGGAGCUCAUGGUCCGAGUUGACCACCCGAAUGCAGAGCAACAGCGGGACGUCACCCUUAGGGUGUCCGGGGACCUGCAUGUGGGCGGCGUGAUGCUCAAACUGGUGGAAGAGAUCAACAUCGCCCAAGACUGGUCGGAUUUCGCUCUGUGGUGGGAGCAGAAGCAUUGCUGGCUUCUGAAAACCCACUGGACCCUGGACAAAUGUGGGGUGCAGGCCGACGCCAGGCUUCUCUUCACCCCUCAGCACAAGACGCUGCGCCUCCGCCUGCCCAACCUGAAGACGGUGCGGCUGCGCGUCAGCUUCUCCGCAGUGGUGUUCAGAGCUGUCAGCGACAUCUGCAGAGCCCUGAAUAUUAGAAGAUCAGAAGAACUUUCCUUGUUAAAGCCUUCUUGUGACUAUUUUAAGAAGAAAAAAAAGAAAGACAAAAGCAAUAAGGAGCCUGUAAUUGAAGAUAUUCUGAACCUAGAGAGCUCUCCAACAAGUUUGGGUUCGCCGGGAAGUGCUGGCUUAUACAGCAAGACCAUGACUCCCACCUAUGACCCCAUCAACGGGACUCCGGUGUCGUCCACCAUGACGUGGUUCGGUGACAGCUCCUUGGCGGGGCAAAGCUGCAGCCUCCUCGCCUCCAGCCAACCCCCCCAGCCCCCAGAAGCACUGGCUGAUAUGUUCCAGCCUCGGUCCCUGGUGGAGAAAGCCAAGCUUAACGCAGGUUGGCUGGAUUCGUCGCGCUCCCUCAAGGAACAAGGCAUCCAGGAGGACGAGCAGCUGCUGCUACGAUUUAAAUACUACAGUUUCUUUGACUUGAAUCCGAAAUACGAUGCUGUCAGAAUAAACCAGCUCUACGAACAAGCCAGGUGGGCUAUUCUCUUAGAAGAAAUCGACUGCACAGAGGAAGAAAUGUUGAUCUUUGCAGCACUCCAGUAUCACAUCAGCAAGCUGUCACUGUCCACUGAAUCUCAGAAUUUUACGAAUGAGUCUGAGGUUGAUGAAGUUGAAGCUGCACUUUCUAAUUUAGAAGUGACUCUCGAAGGUGGAAAAUCAGACAGCACUUUGGAGGACAUUACUGAUAUCCCUAAACUUGCCGAUAAUCUCAAAUUAUUUAGGCCCAAGAAGCUGAUACUAAAAGCUUUCAAACAAUACUGGUUCGUCUUUAAAGACACAUCUAUAGCCUACUUUAAAAAUAAGGAACUUGAACAAGGAGAACCAGUAGAAAAGCUAAACCUCAGAGGCUGUGAAGUUGUACCAGACGUGAAUGUAGCAGGGAGAAAAUUUGGAAUCAAGUUACUAAUCCCUAUUGCUGAUGGCAUGAAUGAAGUGUAUCUGAGAUGUGACCAUGAGAAUCAGUAUGCCCGGUGGAUGGCUGCCUGCAUCUUGGCGUCAAAGGGCAAAACCAUGGCAGACAGCUCCUACCAGCCUGAGGUCCUCAACAUCCUUUCAUUUCUGAGGAUGAAAAACCGGAACUCAUCAUCUGAUGUGGCUUCCAGUCUCGAAAGCAUGGACAUGAACCCAGAGUGUUUUGUGUCUCCUCGGUGUGCGAAAAAGCACAAGUCUAAACAGCUGGCAGCCCGGGUCCUGGAAGCCCACCAGAACGUGGCCCAGAUGUCCCUUAUCGAAGCCAAGCUGCGGUUCAUUCAGGCCUGGCAGUCCCUACCAGAGUUCGGCCUCACCUACUACCUUGUCAGGUUUAAGGGUUUCAAGAAAGAUGACAUUCUGGGAGUUUCAUACAAUAGGUUGAUCAGAAUUGAUGCAGCCACUGGGAUUCCAAUUACAACAUGGAGAUUCACCAAUAUGAAGCAGUGGAAUGUCAACUGGGAAAUCCGGCAGGUGGCGAUCGAGUUUGACCAGAACGUCUCCAUUGCCUUCACCUGCCUGAGUGCGGAUUGCAAGGUUGUGCACGAGUGCAUCGGCGGCUACAUUUUCCUGUCCACCCGCUCCAAGGACCAGAAUGAGACCCUGGACGAGGACCUCUUUCACAAACUGACUGGUGGUCAGGACUGAAGCAAAGCAGGCCCGUUUGGCCUGCACCGAGGAGACGCGUCCUCCCUGGGCAAAUGGGGUCCGUGGAGCGCGUAGACCUGCCCGGUGGGCGGUUGGACUAGUGCAGAACAGGUCCACCAGGGGACUCCCGGACCCUCGCCUCAUCGGCACACUCCAGCACACCUCUGUGCCCACCUCGCCCUGUGCCAGCUCCGCGCAGGGGCCUCAGUUGUCGGCUCUGUACAGGGGGAGGGUGAGAAGAGGUGGUGCUGCCGGGCUCCGCCAAGGCCCAGUGUGGAGCUCCAGGGCCGUGCUAGACGUGCUAGACGUGUUCAUCUGCCUCACUGCUAAGUCAGUGUCGGAGACAGUAGGGGAAAAUCGUGUAUUGAGUACGACUCCUAAUACACAAACUCAGGUAUGAAGAGAAAUAGGUCUUUUCUUACUGAAGUAGAUGUUAGUCCCGUCCUGUCUACACACACUUUCUCCUUGGAGAUGGAGGAAGUGAGGGUGUGGGGCCGGGUUAUGGGUACCACUUGGCACAAGCGGUCUUCGGAGUCAUCCUUUAUUGCAGUGACAUCUGCCGAGGUGACCAAUGACCCCUCUGGUCUUGGUUGCCCCUCCUCUCCUGUUACUGCUGCCACCCAGAGCCCCCGUCCCACUCCUGGAGAUCCCAAUAACAUUAAAGUCCUUCUUGAAGGCAUGGGUGACAACAGGGGCAAGGAAAGUUAUUCUUCAACCCAGAUCCACACCUCAACUGCUGCUGCUGUGGAUGGGGUUCGGGAAGGCAGGCAGUUCUUUAUUCACAAACCACCUCCAUUAUUUCCCAAGGAGUCUAGUAGGGCCCCACCCAGCUGGUCGAGGAGCGAGGCAGACUGGAGACCACCACGUUCAUGGUCUGUGUGGUAGGGAAAGACUCCUGGGACCCCGUGUCCUCCUGGACUUGCCGUGAUGCCCAGCCUUUUCCCUCAAGGCCUUUGACUUCCAUAAAACACAGUCCAGUACCAGGACCCUCUUCUCUGCUUCCUGCUAUAUCAUCCUGUCCUAAGUUUUCAGCCUGGGCCAGUUACCUCCUGAAUCAUCACCCACCAUUUUGGUUUAUUAGUGGUGGGAGGAGUGAGUUUGGAGGAAGUGAAAAGUGAUAAUAGAAGUAAAGGGAGAUAUCAAAUAUUUUAUUUCUUUAUAAAUAUUGUACUGCCACCCAAAGAACCUGAGUCGGAAGGAGAAGCCGAGUUCCAACUGCAUUUCCAGUUCACUUGGAUUGCACCCCUCGGGGGCCAGGCCAGGGCCCCGAAGCCCACCAGCCCCCAGCCCCAGCUGUCAUCUUUUUUCCCAUAAAGCUACCUGAAAAGCAGGAUCUCAGCAAGUCCAGCAGCUGCAUGGACUCAGCCUUGGGGGAGACCCAUGGCCCCGGGCCAGAAGCUCCCCUCUGGGCAUUCUCUGCUUAGACAUAUUCCUGAAGCUCCCAGGCACCAGCUGAAUUUCUGAGACGUGGCUCAAAGCUCAGGCAUGGUUUUAUGUGUGGAAAAUUUGGUUCCCAUUAUAGAGAAUCCUGUGCUACUGUGCUCAGCUUGGAGCUGGUCAUUUCUCUGUAGCCCAGGGCUCUAUGUGAACCUGAACAGGUCUUUCAGAUCAUAAUGGACUCUCCAUAAAAUGGUGCAUCUUCAUCCCACACCUUGUCUGCUGCCAAGGAGAUCAACGCUCCGUGUCCCAUGGGCAGGCCAAGGCCACUCCACCCCCACCUUAGCUUUUCAUGGUGGGCUGAUGUCUCCAGGGAAACACUCCCUGGAAUUGACUGGUUUUCACUAAGCUGCCUGUAAGGUUAGCACUUUCAGGAGAGCGUUUCCUCUAUAACUAACUACACAAACAUCGCAAGGGAGUAGUGGGGCAAAAUGACCUUAAACGCACUGUUCCAAAGAACAAAUCCAAAUUUCUCCUACACUGGGUACAAAAGGGCACCUGACUUCCUAUGAUGAAAUUUUAAAUGAAUGUGUUCCUUUCAACACUGGUUGCUGUCUUAGCUACCCCAGAUGCUUCGAUCUGCAUUUUUUAUUUUGUAUGGCUUUUUUAAUUACAAGGUUUAUAUGGAUGUGAAUAUAGUCCAGUUGUGUCCUCUUUACUGCUGUGUGCCGUCUCUUUAAAGGCAAAUGAAUCCUGCUAGGAAAGAGGCCUUUCGGGUCUGAUGAGCACCUCUCCCUGCCAUCCCAGAUUCCAGCACAGGCUCUGCAGUCCUCUGAAGUCACCGAGAUAGAACCUCACAGCCUCCAAGGCUGGUGGCCAAACAGAGUUAGGCAGGUAAUGUGGGUAAUGGUGCCCAGUUUAUAGAUACUGUAAUCCUUCCUGCCAUGCUUACAGCAGCCCACAGAGGGGAAGAACACUUGCUGCCUCUUUCUACAGGGAAAAUAGGCCCAGAAAGUGGAUAACUUGCUCACAGCCUCAUGGCCCAUAACGAACCAGGCUCCAAAGCCAGGUGUAUCAUAACCCAGCAAACCCUACCCUCCCUCAUCCACUUGUGCCCCACUCCUAGCCCAGAUGUGGCGUCCCUGACUCAGGGUCCCCACAGCAAGCUCAUGCUGGUAGAACAGCCAGAAGAUAGCAGCUGCUCCAGAGUUAGCUAGGAGAGGGGGAUGGAUCAGUAGGUCUGGGAGUCACAGAAAUGAGGAGCUUGAGUAUUUUUUUAUUAUUAUUGGUGCACAUGUUUGCAGUAUGUAAUGUUUACAUUCCUUGUAAGGAAGUAUUCAAUUUUUUAUUUUGGGAAAGUCUCGAGGUCAGAAAAAUGAACUGAGUUAUUUGAACACUCACCUUUCGGCCAUAGGCACCAGAGAGCAAGGUAUGUUGCAAUAUUUACUUUCUGAAAUCACUUAAAAGGUAUUUUUCGUAUACUUACCAGAUUCCUUUUCCACCUCUACAUUCAGGACCUCUGUUCAUUUCGUUAUUUUCUUAUACAAACCUGACUUUCUGGCCUCUUCCCUUCAUCCUCCCCACCCCAGAGUCUCCCAGAGGCAGAUGGGCAGUAGGAGGACUUUGCCUUUCAGCCUCCCGCCCAUGGACUCCUAAGUCCUGGAGCUUGACUGGGAGAUGCAGAGGUCGGCGCUUGGCUCUCACUUGUGUUCGGGCUUCCCUGUCUUUGGACAUCGCCGAGGUGGUGUGGAAAUACUGAGUGCUAUCGAAGGAGGGAGAGAGAAAGCCACCGGUCCUCUGUUCUGUCCCCACAAACACCUGUGCUGCCCUGCUGUCCUUGGGACGGUAACUUCUUAAUGAGGAAAAUUUCUGGCUACCUGAAGGGAGGGUCCUAAGAGAUUAAGCCAUCCCUAUGCCCAGAGUUACGUGGAAGCCAGGCUGGGUGGUUUAGAGAAAGCUUCAGGAGCCUCCUGGCAUUUCCCCACAUCGCAUGCAGAACCAAGAAUCAGUGCUACGGCUUGGGUCGGGGCUGUCUCCACCGGACCUCACUGACCGGACAGUGUAGCGGGGCUGAGGUGGGUGGGGCCUGUAGAGAUGCUCCAGCCGUGGGAGCUUCACCUUCACCAAGGGUUUAAUGUAGCCCACAAGAGCAGAUUCAUUUUCCAAAAGUGGUUUGUCAUAAGCACGUGGCCCCUUGGUCCUGUCCUGUGCCCACUUGUCCUUCUGCUUUUCCACCAUGCAUGGAGCAGCAAAGGCCUCAUAGAGCUUUCCCUGUAGAUUCUCUGAGGCUCCUAACAAUAGUGGAAAAUGUCCUCUCAACGUAGCUUCCUCUGCCUCCCUGUGUGACCUUGACAAAGACCCUGAGUCUCCUACUGCCUGUCCUCCGCUUGGUCCUGGAAGAGAGCCCUGUAGCUGCUCCUCACCCUCCUGGAACUGUUUAUCUCCUUUGCCCUGGAAGCAAGAAGUGCUUUUUUUUUUACUGCUCCUGAGGCUGCAAAAGUGGGGAGGAGGCAGAGCCCUUAGUGAGGGGAGCAGCAAAACUCAGGGCCCAGAAGGAUCCAAAACCCCAAGUUUUGCCUUCUAAUGCAAAAGAUGCCACCAUUAUAGGCCUUGGUGACAAGGUAGGUGCAUUAAGGGGCCCAUUUGGGUCCAGCACCUGGUAAAGGACACUUCACUUGUGCCACUAUGGCCAUGAGGAGACAGCAAGGACAGCCAUCCAGGCAGCACUCGGAUGUGGUGGGACAUUCAGUGGCCAGGGAGCACUCGAGGUGAAGAUCUGACCAGGCACUUGCCAAAAAGCCCUGGAUCUCUAUGCUGUCACUUAACUUCCUGAAUGUUCGCAAAGAACCAAGAUUGGCAGCCAGGCCAGACCAUGGGACCCAGUGUUAUCAAAAAAGAAGAAAAACAAGAUUCAGCACUAGUGUUUCUUUUCCAGGAGUUACACACAUCCAAUUUGGACUUCAAAACAGAAGCGCCUUCAUUGCUGUUGAGGGUCAGGGGCCACCCACUAAGCCCAUGUGGACUGCAUCUCUCUACUCCAAGUGUGGUCCUGGGCCACAGCAUUUGUCAGAGGUGCAGGAUCGGGACAAGGAGGGUGAGGGCAAAGCACCCAGGGCACCUUGUAGAGGCCUCCACUGUCAAUGUGCCAGCAGAACUUCACCCUCUGUGUCAGUCCCCUGGUUGUGUAACUUGAAGUGCAAAGUAGGCUGAAAGUCUUAAUCAAUCAGAUGUGCCCUGGGGUGAGAGAGAGAACAGAAGGCUGAAUGGCUCUGCCAGCCAUUGUGCCAGUGAGUGCCAUCAGCUCUCACCUCUCCGAAGACCAGUCUCAGCUCUAGCGAACACUGCAGGGCCAGAAGAAUUAGCUCACAUAGCAAGGGCAAUCCCUAGUGAGUGCCCAGAGUCCUCUCGCCUGGUCCUCUGGUCAGGUACGGACUGUCAGCCCCACGGCACAAAUCAGGAAGUGUGAAGGGUUGUGCUGGUGAUGGUUGGCACCUCUGUGGUCCAAGCCAGCGCUGGUUUGCCCAUUCCUAGGGUGCGAAGACCCCCCACUGCUGACGUGACAUCAGUACACACAGGCUUGGGGUCGAGGUGAACAUGCAGCUCCGGCAGGGACCAACCCAUCACAGCACGCAGUGGAACGGUGUACACAGAGGUCAAGAGAUUUGCCGUGGUCACCAGCUAGUGUAUGGGCAUCGAGGAUUCGAAUCCAGCCCUUGCAACCUGCACUGCUCUUUAGUACUCCCUGUAUUUCCCAUGGGAAUGCAAGGCCUCCUGGGCUAAGCGUCCUAGGUUGUCUUAGAUUGUAGUGUUGUCCCAGAGCUGAUUUUUCUAGGAUCAUAUUUGAGGAAGGCCCUCUGAACUCCAUAGAUGUUGUUCUCCCUUCCAACUGCUUUAAACUACAUUUCAGAUGCUACAAUGAGAAAUUUUCUACUGAAGAACUCGGAUCUUAAUUCUUGACCCACUUGUCCAGUAGGACAUCUGUUUGCCGGUCUGGGCCAGAGGUGGGGUCAAGGCCAGGAAAUGUCUGCCUUUUUCCCAACAAAGAGAACACCGAACCCUGACCUGAGACACCCCAUGCCGCUCCCACCCCCACCGCUGGUUGGCCCAACUCUCACUUUUGCCCGCAAACAGCUAAUGCCAUUUCCCACCAGACAUAGGCUGUCUUCCAAGGCUGAGUGAAAUGUCUGAAUCCUGACCUUUUCCCCUCUUCUUAAAUGAUUGUUUGAACUUUGCAAGUAUUGAGUAAUCAGUUCCUAGUAAGUGACCCAAGCAAAGUUCCCUCUAGGACAAGGAGGCACAAACAGCAAUGAGUUUGGGGUGGGAAAUGUACUUGUGCUAGUUUGGUCGGGUCUGAGAUCACAGGGAUUUGUGGGGUACACCCAACCUAGUGGUCACAUAUUUAAGAAAUCCUACCUGGGGCCAGGCAUUUAGCUCAGUGGUUCCACCGCCUGCCUUGCAAGCGAAAGUUCCCGAGUUCAAUCUCUGCUAGGAAUACUACCUGGUUUAUGUAAUUCAAUGAAUUCAUGGGCAAUAUUUGUUCUUUGAAAGUUAUUUUAGUCAUUGUUAAUAUUAUGUUACAAACAAA